GGAUAAUAUGCAUGUAUCUGUACAGUAUAAUAUGGUCCAUUUCACCCAAUGCUCCUAGUAUGUCAUGUGCAGCCUGCAUAAUAAGAGGUUUUGUUUGUUAGAUUAUAGCAUAUGGUCAAAGGACAAGAUAGCACAUUUUAUUGUGCCUGUCCAAAACACUUAUAUUUAUCUCCAAUCUUAAACAAGUUUCUUUGCCCAAUGACCAAGCAGAACAACAGUACAUUAUAGUGUUUAUUAAACAUAGCAGAUUUUUGGCUUAACUGAUAUAUAGAAAGGUUUAGAUUCAAAUAAAAUAUUUUAUUAGAUGUGCUUUUUCAAGUGUUUAACAAGUGUCGUCCUCACUAAAUUUAAACUAAACCACUGGCAUGUGGAUACAGUUUUGAGUUGAUUUGGGACUAAUGCCAUUUUGAUAAAACUAUUCGUGCCCAGCCUGGCAAACAUAUACUUGACGAUCCUUAACAUUCACCUUAAAAAUGUGUAUUAAGGAUAGGCAGACUUGUCUUGUUACAAUGGUUUUCUGCAUAGAGUCAAGACGGAGGUAACUGAUACGAAGUAGUGACACAAUGUCAGAAGUAAAACUCAAGACCACAACUAUGCCUGACUAGCUUUGGCACAAAAUGUGGUUUGUGCCAGGUGACUGGCUGGAUUCAAAAUGGCUGCCUGCGUUCAUGAGGAGCUGACGUCUUUGAGGAGGUGGUUGUUGCUGCCUGUGCCUCAUAGCUCGGGCUGUUGGUGACUAAGCCGACAGUCGCUGAUGUCACAGCCGUGGGCUGGGCUACCAUGAAAGCUGUGUUUUCUCUGUCGCUGGUGGUGGUCAUGACUCUGAAAGCAGAGCCUCUUUGUCAGGGAGCCUGGCCUCGCAUCGGUGCUGGGUUAUUUGUUAGUCAUCCCUCUGUGUUCAUGUCCUGGAAAAGAUGUGCGAUACUACUAAGUUUUGGUGAAGAAAAACAACCAUUGAAUGAGAAUAGGAAAACUUUCCACACAGGACCUGGACGUCACAGACAUUGUAUGCCUGAGAAGGAGACCAUCUCUGACAGACAGUGUGGUCUGGGAUGAAGUCUCAUGAAGCCUUCCAUUGGAGCUGACAUUCACAGUCAGCGAAAUCAUCAUUUACUGAUCCACCCGUUUAAGACCUGCGCAUUGCCCAUUAACAAAGCCCCCCCGCACUGCACUGUCCUACUUCCUGACCAUGGCUAGUCGAAGAAAGUCGUCAACGCCCUGCAUGAUCCGACCAGAUGACUUGGUUGCAGCAGACGAUGCAGAUGACAUGGACUCCUGUGUAGACAGUACAGAGGAGAAUGGAUCAUGUCAUGUGUCUUCUACUGAGGAAUGGACAGACAGGAAGAGUUCUGUGAACUCAAUGCAGGACACAACAGAGCUGGAAAAACCAGAGGUGAAAACUCAACCUCAAAAGAAAAUCCAGGGUGGCUACGAGUGCAAAUACUGUCCGUUUUCCACACAAAAUCUCAACGAGUUCAAAGAGCAUGUUGAUUCCAAUCACCCAAACGUUAUACUUAACCCACUGUACUUGUGUGCGGUGUGCAACUUCAACACAAAAAAGUUUGAUUCUUUGACAGAACACAAUGAGAAAUGCCAUCCUGGGGAGAGCAACUUCAAGUUUAAGAGGAUUAAACUCAACAAUCAGACCAUUCUGGAACAGACAAUCGAAGGUUCAAACUGUGCAAUCAUCUACGAUGCCACCAGCCUUCAACAAGGAGAGGACUUCAGUUCUUUUCCUCUAAGCAAAUCCACAACGGUCAAAAUGGGAAAGCCAAAAGCAGACAGUAUUCGGUUGCCAGGAGAGGGUCAGUUGGACAGACUCACUCCAGAGCUACCUAAAAAGCAAAUUACCGCAGUGAAUGUGAACGGGACCGUGAUUAUCCCAGAUGCAACUCUUAAAGACGGCCUUUCUCAUAUCAUGCCAUCCCUGCAACGACCACCUAACUAUAAUUUUGUACCAAAAAUUGCUGUCCCCCUAAACACUUCAAAAUACAACCCAUCAUUGGAUGGCAACCUGACCCUCAUCACCUCCUUCAACAAGUUUCCCUACCCUACCCAAGCUGAGCUCUCAUGGCUCACUGCAGCCUCUAAACAUCCAGAAGAACAAAUUAAAGUGUGGUUCACUACCCAAAGGCUAAAACAAGGGAUCAGCUGGUCUCCAGAGGAAGUCGAGGAAGCAAGAAAGAAAAUGUUCAAUGGGACAAUUCAGCCUGUUCAACAGGCGUUCACUGUCUUGCCUGCUCAUUUAACUCAGUCGACUAAAGUUUCACAGUCCCUUAUCCAGACUGUCCCUUGCCAUGUUCUUGGACAAUCCAGCCUAGUUUUGGCACCCGUUGCCAAUGGCUCCACUGCAACUGCUACUUCUCUUGCACUAACAGUUACAAAUCAAAUAGCACAGGGUGUCAAGAGACCCCACACAACACCACUGGUUGCCUCGGAGGUCAAGAGGCCUUCAAUAAUCCAAUCCGUUCAGAGCACUCCCAAGUCUGUCUCUCCAACACCAAGCCUGUCUUCGGAUUGCGAGAAAACCCCCGAUCAGAUCAGAGAACUGACCGGCAGCUAUGCUCGGUGCCAGUUUCCUGAUGAUGAAGAAGUGUAUCGUCUCAUUGAGAUGACUGGCCUCUCCUGGGGAGAGAUCAAAAAAUGGUUCAGUGAUCAGCGUCAUGGAAACCUUAAGGCAGUGCAACAGAUUAAAACAGACAUCUCGUCGAGGGAGAACCAACCUCACAAGCCUGUCGCCACACAGUUUCCACUUCUAGAGAGAGUAAAAGGCAAAUCUUCAGAGCAAAUGAAAAAGUUAGAAGAAAGUUUCCAAAGGACUAGCUUUCCAACACAGGCUGAGAUUGACCACCUUGUGGCUGACACCAGGCUCUCCAAAACCGAAAUAGAUUGCUGGUUUACGGAUCGACGUGCACUACGAGACAACCUGGAGCAAGCCCUGCUCAACUCGAUGGGAUCAAAAAGACUCGAGCAUCAUCUUCAAAGGGGCACCCUGAACGGAGUCCAUGAACAGGACAACCGAGUCAGGGACUCGCCUCUUCCCAUUCUCACGUCACCUCUGUGUCCAGAGGCUAUUGACGGCAAGUCUCUCGGCCUUCUUAAAGAUAUGUUUGCACAAACCCAGUGGCCCUCACCGGACGAGUACAUCCAACUAGAAAAUCAAACAGGGCUAGCUCGUACAGAAAUCGUUCGCUGGUUCAAGGACAACAGAUCUGCUCUAAAGAGCGGAACCUUGGAUUGGAUGGAGCAAUUUCAAAACCUUAGCAACAAAAGACAGAAUGGGCAGAAUAGCACGGUGAUCUCAGAACAAGCCCAGAGUGUUCUACAAAGGCAUUUUCAGGAGGCGAAGCUACAAAAGGGGGAGGGUGUUGAGAAGCUAGCAGAGCAGUCAAAACUAACCAACCAGGACAUUGUUGAAUGGUUCACCAGCAAGCUGGGCCACAACAUGCCGGACAUCAGCAAAAACAAGGACCAACAUGGACAAGCAAGUGUAGACAGUAGGAGGUGGGGUUCCUUGGCACCUGACACUGAUAGCAAAGACUUUGAUGGACAGAAGGUAGCACGAGACCUUGAAGUCUUGUCUGCUGAGCACCGAGUGACGGGAUGAAGUGAUAAAG